CUAUUCAAUUUUUAUGUUAAGAAAAGAUAAAACUAAUAAUUUUUUCUAAAAAUAUAAUGUAUCUGCUGGUUGUUUAUUUAUUUCAAGUUAUUUAGAACUUAUUUGUUCCUUCUUUUAUUUUUCUAUUGCUCAUAGUCGUGCGUAUCAUUUUUUUAAAAAGUAUCAUUUUUGCUGCACGGUGUAAAUUGGACUUCUUCCUAAUUUUAAAAUAAAGAAAUCUAUGCUUGACUUCAUGCAACUUUAAACUUCUAAUGAUCCUCUUGAACCGUACCUAUGUUUGUAGACUCUGAGACAAUUGUUUUUAGUAAGAAAACAUCUGAACAUUUAGUCUGAAGCUACCUGUCUAUCUGCCGAUCUUCAACAGAUAAUCUAUCCAAAGGAAACAAUAUAAUUCGGUCCUUCUCACCUUGGAGAAGCAGUAGUAUUCCACAAUACUCCCUCUGUUCUAAAUUAUAGGUCGUUUGACUUUUUCGACUCUAAACUUCACCACUCGUCUUAUUCAAAAAUUUAUAUAAAAUAUCAUUUAUUUUGUUGUGGCUUACUCUAACAAUACAAGCUCUUCAAAAAUGACUUAAAUUCAACUAUGUUUAUUUUUAUAUUUUUUUAAAUAAAAUGGAUGGUCAAACUUAGUGUUAAAAAAGUUAAGCGGCCUAUAAUUUAGAACGGAGGCAGUACUAAUAACAAUCAACGCGUAGUCAUAAAUCCUCUCUAUAAAAAUGGACAAUUUAUGCGCAAGAUUACAGCAAGCAAGAGGUAGCAGAAAGCAAAAUCAACGAUGUCUCCGCCGGUCAAGCUCAUCGGCGCCUUCGGCAGCAUAGCCGUCCACCGCGCAGAGGCAGCCCUCAGGCUCAAGGGCGUACCGUAUGAGUUCAUCCAUGAAGACCUUGAAAACAAGAGCGAGCUGCUGCUGAAGCACAACCCCAUCCACAAGAAGGUUCCCGUCCUCCUACACGGUGACGACCACGCCGUCUGCGAGUCCCUCGUCAUCAUCGAGUACAUCGAUGAGGGCUUCGACGGGCCGCCUCUCCUCCCUAGCGACCCCAACCACCGCGCCGUCGCGCGCUUCUGGGCUCACUUCAUGGAUCACAAGGUAAUGAUCGGCACUUCAGUUCAGUACAUCCUUGCGCCGAUGCACUGAAUAUGUCAACAUGCCUUGCUUGUUGA